GUCGCGCACAGCGCCCCGAGCCCAGGCGCCUCCCCGCCCCCCUCCCGGCGCUCCGCGGCGGCGGCGGCAGCAGUAGCAGCAACAUGGCUGUUGAUGGGUGUUCGGGGUGGCGCUGGCGGCGGGAGGAGCUCCCUCGAGCCCCUGCGCCUGCCGCCCGUUGCUAGCUAUGGCAAACGGUGGCGGCGGCGGCGGCGGCAGCAGCGGCGGCGGCGGCGGCGGCGGCGGAGGCAGCGGUCUUAGAAUGAGCAGCAAUAUCCACGCGAACCAUCUCAGCCUAGACGCGUCCUCCUCCUCCUCCUCUUCCUCCUCCUCUUCUUCUUCUUCCUCCUCCUCUUCCUCCUCGUCCUCGGUCCACGAGCCCAAGAUGGAUGCGCUCAUCAUCCCGGUGACCAUGGAGGUGCCGUGCGACAGCCGGGGCCAACGCAUGUGGUGGGCUUUCUUGGCCUCCUCCAUGGUGACUUUCUUCGGGGGCCUCUUCAUCAUCUUGCUCUGGCGGACGCUCAAGUACCUGUGGACCGUUUGCUGCCACUGCGGGGGCAAGACGAAGGAGGCCCAGAAGAUAAACAAUGGCUCCAGCCAGGCAGAUGGUACUCUCAAGCCAGUGGACGAAAAAGAGGAGGUGGUGGCAGCCGAAGUCGGCUGGAUGACAUCUGUGAAGGACUGGGCAGGGGUGAUGAUAUCUGCCCAGACACUGACUGGCAGAGUUCUGGUUGUGUUAGUCUUUGCUCUCAGCAUUGGUGCCCUUGUAAUAUACUUCAUAGACUCGUCAAACCCAAUAGAAUCCUGCCAGAAUUUCUACAAAGAUUUCACAUUACAGAUCGACAUGGCUUUCAACGUGUUCUUCCUUCUCUACUUUGGCUUGCGGUUUAUUGCAGCCAACGAUAAGCUGUGGUUCUGGCUGGAAGUGAAUUCAGUAGUAGAUUUCUUCACAGUCCCUCCCGUGUUUGUGUCUGUGUACUUAAACAGAAGUUGGCUUGGCUUGAGAUUUUUAAGAGCUCUCAGACUGAUACAGUUUUCAGAAAUUUUGCAGUUUCUGAAUAUCCUUAAAACAAGUAAUUCCAUCAAGCUGGUGAAUCUUCUCUCCAUAUUUAUCAGCACCUGGCUGACUGCAGCUGGAUUCAUCCACUUGGUGGAGAAUUCAGGGGACCCAUGGGAAAAUUUCCAAAACAACCAGGCACUUACGUACUGGGAAUGUGUCUACUUACUCAUGGUCACAAUGUCUACAGUGGGUUAUGGGGAUGUUUAUGCAAAAACCACGCUUGGACGCCUCUUCAUGGUCUUCUUCAUCCUCGGGGGACUGGCCAUGUUUGCCAGCUACGUCCCUGAAAUCAUAGAGUUAAUAGGAAACCGCAAGAAAUACGGGGGCUCCUAUAGCGCGGUUAGUGGAAGAAAGCACAUUGUAGUCUGUGGACACAUUACUCUGGAGAGUGUUUCUAACUUCCUGAAGGAUUUUCUGCACAAGGACCGGGAUGAUGUCAACGUGGAGAUUGUCUUUCUUCACAACAUCUCCCCUAACCUUGAGCUUGAGGCUCUGUUCAAACGGCAUUUCACUCAGGUGGAGUUUUAUCAGGGCUCUGUCCUCAAUCCACAUGAUCUUGCCAGAGUCAAGAUAGAGUCAGCAGAUGCAUGCCUGAUCCUUGCCAAUAAGUACUGCGCUGACCCGGAUGCAGAAGAUGCCUCCAACAUCAUGAGAGUGAUCUCCAUAAAGAACUACCACCCGAAGAUCAGGAUCAUCACUCAGAUGCUGCAGUAUCACAACAAGGCCCAUCUGCUCAACAUCCCCAGCUGGAACUGGAAAGAGGGUGAUGACGCAAUAUGCCUUGCAGAGCUCAAGUUGGGUUUCAUAGCCCAGAGCUGUCUGGCUCAAGGCCUCUCCACAAUGCUUGCCAAUCUCUUCUCUAUGAGGUCAUUCAUAAAGAUUGAGGAAGAUACGUGGCAGAAAUACUACUUGGAAGGAGUCUCCAAUGAAAUGUACACAGAAUAUCUCUCCAGUGCCUUCGUGGGUCUGUCCUUCCCUACUGUUUGUGAGCUGUGUUUUGUGAAGCUUAAGCUCCUGAUGAUAGCCAUUGAGUACAAGUCUGCCAACAGAGAGAGCCGAAGCCGAAAGCGAAUAUUAAUUAACCCUGGGAACCACCUUAAGAUCCAAGAAGGUACUUUAGGAUUUUUCAUCGCAAGUGAUGCCAAAGAAGUUAAAAGGGCAUUUUUUUACUGCAAGGCCUGUCAUGAUGACGUCACAGAUCCCAAAAGAAUUAAAAAAUGCGGCUGCAGGCGGCUCAAGGUUGAAGCUAGAGCACGCUACCACAAAGAUCCAUUUGUGCACAAGAAUGCAACUCCCAAUUCUCGACAUGUUCCCAAGCCAGUUGAAGAUGAGCAGCCGCCGACACUGUCACCAAAAAAAAAACAACGUAAUGGGGGCAUGAGGAACUCACCCAGCACCUCCCCGAAGCUGAUGAGGCAUGACCCCUUGUUAAUUCCUGGCAAUGAUCAGAUUGACAACAUGGACUCCAAUGUGAAAAAGUACGACUCCACUGGAAUGUUUCACUGGUGUGCACCCAAGGAGAUUGAGAAAGUCAUCUUGACUCGAAGUGAAGCUGCCAUGACAGUCCUGAGUGGCCAUGUCGUAGUCUGCAUCUUUGGGGAUGUCAGCUCAGCCCUCAUUGGCCUCCGGAACCUGGUGAUGCCGCUUCGUGCUAGCAACUUUCACUAUCAUGAGCUCAAACACAUUGUGUUUGUGGGCUCCAUUGAGUACCUCAAGCGGGAGUGGGAAACACUGCACAAUUUCCCCAAAGUGUCCAUAUUGCCUGGUACGCCAUUAAGUCGGGCUGAUUUAAGGGCUGUCAACAUCAACCUCUGUGACAUGUGCGUUAUCCUGUCAGCCAAUCAGAAUAAUAUUGAUGAUACUUCGCUUCAGGACAAGGAAUGCAUCUUGGCGUCACUCAACAUCAAAUCUAUGCAGUUUGAUGACAGCAUCGGGGUCUUGCAGGCUAAUUCCCAAGGUUUCACACCUCCUGGAAUGGACAGAUCAUCGCCUGACAACAGCCCAGUGCACGGGAUGUUACGCCAGCCAUCUAUCACAACCGGGGUCAACAUUCCCAUCAUCACGGAACUUGUGAACGAUACUAAUGUUCAGUUUUUGGACCAAGACGAUGACGAUGACCCUGACACAGAGCUGUACCUCACACAGCCCUUUGCUUGUGGGACAGCAUUUGCCGUCAGCGUCCUGGACUCACUCAUGAGUGCGACAUACUUCAAUGACAAUAUCCUCACCUUAAUACGGACCCUGGUGACAGGAGGAGCCACGCCAGAGCUCGAGGCUCUAAUAGCUGAGGAGAAUGCUCUUCGAGGGGGCUACAGCACUCCGCAGACACUAGCCAACAGGGACCGUUGCCGAGUGGCCCAGUUAGCCCUGUUGGAUGGCCCCUUUGCAGACUUAGGGGAUGGUGGUUGUUAUGGUGAUCUGUUCUGCAAAGCUCUGAAAACGUAUAACAUGCUGUGUUUUGGAAUUUACCGGCUGAGAGAUGCCCACCUCAGCACCCCCAGCCAGUGUACAAAAAGGUAUGUCAUCACCAAUCCCCCCUACGAGUUUGAGCUCGUACCAACAGACCUGAUCUUCUGCCUGAUGCAGUUUGACCACAACGCUGGCCAAUCCCGGGCCAGUCUGUCUCAUUCCUCCCACUCCUCACAGUCGUCCAGUAAGAAGAGCUCCUCCGUCCACUCCAUCCCGUCCACAGCAAAUCGGCCGAACCGGCCCAAGUCCAGGGAGUCCCGCGACAAACAGAAGUACGUUCAGGAAGAGCGGCUUUGAUAUGUGUAGCCACCGGCACCCGUGUGUGAAACUGUAUCUGCUACUCAUUUCCCCCAAUUGGUAUUCCAACAGAGUAACUUUCCUGUUCCCUAUAGUUCCCUCUUUUUUUUCUUUUCUUUUCUUUUUUUUUUUACACAUUUUGCAUAUGUAUGAUAGUGUGCAUGUGGUUGUCAUUUUUACUUCACCACCAUAAAACCCUUGAGCGCAACAGCAAAUAAGCAGACGGACCAAAAGUUAUUUAUGAUUCUAGCGGGGGAAGUAAGCCAAAGGCAUCCUCCAGACAUAAAUAGCUCACUGCAGGAAUGAGUUCACAGGUUAGGGAGGAGCACCUGUGAGUUAGGCAAAGCAGGUUUACUCUGAUUUAUCAGGAUCAUCAGAAUGCUUCGGGUUUUGCUCUUUCUUUUUUCUUUUUUUUUUGUUUACUUUUUUUCCCCUGUCUGUUUUUAUACACACAUCAUAAGUUAGCACACAAUCGUUUGAAACAAGCAACCAAACGCAAUGAAAACGCAUUGAUCGUUUCCACUCUGGGCUGAAGUAUCGCAAAACAUUUGAAAAGCCUUCCAAGUGUGUGCAAAAGAUGAUUAAGUAUCUGCUUGUUGCAAGAGAGCAUCGGAGAUGUUUUUUUAAACUUAUUCACCAAAGCCUUUUUGUCUCAGAGCUAGCGUCUUUCAGGUGUUUAAGUGAAUGUUUCUAACUUUAAUGCAGAGAGAAAAACAGGUUUCCACUCCUGGAUGUAUCAAAUCUUAGUCAUUUCAUUUACCUGAAGAGAGGUUUGAUCACAUAUUAAAUUGUUAUUCUGUCUCCUUAUGCUGCCAUAGGGAUAGCUAGUUUUUUUUCUUUCACUUUUGACAUUUGGGAUGAAAAGCCAUAUGUAUCAUAAAUAUCAGAUGUAAGUCAUUAAGAACUGCCUUCCUGGGACUUUUACAUCCUUUAAAAGGUGAAUCACUUACCUUAUGUACAGAAUAAAUAACACUCAGAAAAGAGCAAGUAUUUUUCCAUGCAUUCUCAAGGGACUUUUUUACUCCCCUUUGUUUGACUAACGAGGGCCCCAAUGCCAAGUACAAUUCAGGCUGGGGCAGUGGUGGAGCAGAAAGGAGACAGACUCAGUAGUAGAUAAUGGUCUUUUGUAGGAGCUGACAUAUUAAAUAAAUCAGAAUGUAGGAGGAUGGAGCCACAGUUGACUCAAGAAAGACAAAAGCUAGCGACCACAUUUAAAUUGCUGGCACAGCUGUAUGAUGCUCUGUCCCAAAGCAGAAGGCUGGCAGGAAAGAUCUAGUAUCGGUAACCUGUUUUAACAUACAGCCAAUUCCUAUAGGUAGAUGAGUGAUGGGAGAGCGAGCUUCCCCCUUCAUUUCACAAUUGGAAGGAGGCGGCUGCAACAGUGAGCCAAACACAUUGCAGCACUUAAUUUUUUUUCUUUUGUUUCUUUUUUUUUUAAAACUGUUAGUCAGCAAGGGAGGGAAGAUAGACAGAUACAUUUUUCCCAAUAUGCAACUAUCAGAUGUUUUAUGCAUGCAAAUUAUGUUUUAGGAACAUAGAAAUUCUGAAGAAUUGGCCAACUUUACCAUAACCAAAUUCUGGUAUGGGUAGACUAGCCUUGGGCUCAUAGGAACUUAUUUGAGAUAUUUACUUAGAAAUCCAUUGAUAGAACAGGGGGUAGGAAGGCGGGAGGGGGGAAUCUGUCAUGUCUUUAGCAUCUCUUUUUAAAAGGUGUUUUUAUGGUGAAUGUUUUGGGUUUAGAUUUUUGAUCCCCUGUCCCCUCCAGCAUGAUGGUUUUGGAGAUUUGCUUGCUGUGUGAUUGACAAGCACUUUUACUGACAAAAAACUGCGAGGCUCUGUCAGAACCUCCACUUCCCCAGACACCAAAGACAGGACCAGUGCAGUAUUCCAACCAGCAAUGGGUGGGGAGUCAUUGUAUACAUGUAAAUUUAAAAGUCCUGUGAGUGGAAGUAUUUUGUUUUCAAAUUAUUUUUGUCCUUAUGUAUUUGAUUUAUAUAUGACAUCUAGCUAUCUCUUUAUAUAUAACUAUAUAUAUAUAACUAUAUAUAUAACUAUAUAUAUAUAUAACUAUAUAUAUAUUUAUAUAUAACUAUAUAUACAUGUCCCCUAGUUUUGGAUCGUGAGCGAUCUUCAUGCAUUCUUUGCAAAGGAGGUUAUGAGGCUACGCCCUCAGAACAUUGAUAACUAUAAGAAUGUGCCAGUUAAAGUGCUCAACAGGAAAUAUGACAGUUUAAAAGCGUUGUAAAACUCACAUAGCUUACUUCUCUCUCUAAAGUGCAACAAGGAUGACUAGAAUGGGCCAAGGUAUGACAAUUAAUGGUUCUGCAUGACCUAGCCACUGCUGGGGGUUUUCUUCUAUAACGUUGUCCUUGUGAAACUUUUGUGGAAUUAAAAAAAAAAGGAGUUACAAAUUUUA